AUGGUGGAGAUGCUCUCUGCUCGUCCGCCUACACCCCCAAGGACCACUUCGCGCAUCGUGAUUGAGAACACCGAUUCACCAAUAGCCGUUCAAACGCCCAAGGAGUCAUCAUUUUCUGCGCUGGGAUCGGUGGGAGCCGGCCCAUCCAGCCGUAGUUCGAAGAAAGUGAACUUUUCGCCAUGGCCCAAGUACAUCAAACCGCCAACCUUUGCUAGUGCUAUGAAAUCGGCCCCCGACUUCAAGAUCCCUCCCUCCACGGACACCAAGCCUACAAAGUCGAUCCUGAAAGCAACUCAGUCACCGAUUCCCGUUUGGUCACCCAAUGUCGAUACAUUCACCACCGAAUCGCUUGCCAUGCUGCUCGAAUCGGUCAUCCAACAACUGGCAGGGGAGUCAAUGAGUUCGCGACUCGACGCCUACAUGCAAUUCUUCGGCGCGCUACGAACAUACGAUGGGCUUCCGGCGGGUCAGAAGAUUGCCGAAAAAUUAAAUCUCAUCACCGAGUUUAUUCAACGAGAUGUGAAUCGGGACCUUACGAACAGCGGCCCUCUCGACACAAACCUCGCCAAUCAGGCUCUCAAAUUGUCAGCUGCGUUCGUUUGGCAUCCGGAAAUUUCGACACAACUUUCGGACGAAUUCAAAAUCUUUCUGGUAGACCACUCCAUCACUUGCCUCCAUGAGGCUAAGGCCCCAAAAUCCGUUUUGACGCACUACAUGUCCAUAUUGUCUACUCAAAACUUCGGUCCCAAGAUUAUGACCGGUGCUCGUGUAGCCCGUCUUUUGACGGUGCUGCAAGAAAUAACCAAGAAUAUCAGUGGCAACGCAAUUGUUUCCCAUCGAUUGAACAUCUACCAACGGCUGCUGGGCCAAGCCAAGUCUGCUUUCAUUUCCCAGGCAAACCUGUGGAUGGAACACUUAAUCUUCGGGCUGCUUCACCAUUUGAAGGAUACGAGGUCAAAAGCGAUUGCACUUGGCUUCCAGGUUGCCACAGAAGCCGGUCCGAAUCCUAUACUGUCGAAAAACAUCCGGGAUCUCUUCGACCGGCCACUAGAGCAUGACCGGAAGCUUGUAACAGAAGUCCGUGAGCGCAUGGCUCGGAUGAUGCCAACGGUGGAUAGCGGUGAGCAUGUUCCUCAGAUUUGGAGCAUCAUUAUCCUUCUUCUCCGGAGCAAAAGAUGGAAUCUAGAGCAAUGGGAUCAUUUUAAGGAAUGGGUUCUGGUACUCCAAAAAUGCUUCAAUUGCAGCGAGCCUGUAAUCAAGGCGCAGGCUAUCGUUGGUUGGAAUAGAUUUGUAUUUGCUGUCAGCCCUAACGAAUCGACAAGCCGAUCUCUCCUCAAAAUGCUGGGCAAACCGGUACUCUCUCAGUUCGAACGCAAGAAGACUGACAAGUCAGGAGCCCCACCCACUCAGCUUGCUUUGACCAGCUACUACAAUCUGUUAUACUACACUUUCCGUCCUUCGGCUUCUUAUCAGCAUCUGGAUAUCAUUUGGGAGGAAUAUGUGGCCAUUCCGUCUUCAGGCAUCUUCUCAUCAGUCCCAGUUCUCAGCGACUGUCUUUCACGCAUAUUGACGAACCUGUUGUGGAGCACACAGGCUAAAAUAUGGACAGAGAAUCGAAUCAAUGACAGUACCAAAAUGGAAGCAGAGGAACUUCCUGCAGCCGACAGCAGAUGGGUUCGAUCAAGAAUUAUCUCAAUUCUGAAGGUUUUUGAGCAUAUUUUCAAAGCCUCAGUUUGGAUUGAUGACGCGAUUGGCCAAUCUCACGUGGCAUUGGCCUGGAACAGUCUGUCCAGUUCUCUGGCACUUGCGUCCAGCAAAGAAAUCACCCCUUCAGGGGAAUCGAUGCAAGCUGUUGCUAGUGUUUGGAGUCUGCUGCACCGCCUUUGGAGUGCAGGGCCGCCAUCGUUGAAUGCCGACACCGCAGACAUUUUCUUCCAAAGAUUCCGGUUCCUGUCUACAACAAUGAUUGUUUCUAUUGGAGGCAUUCCGUUUACCGAAAAGUUUCUCUUGAGAAACGCGGACGAAACCGAUACUACUCCCACACAUGUACACCCGAAUACGACCCCAGAAAGUGCUAUUCUUCAUCUCCUUCGAAUAAUCAGCAGCACUGCAGGGGAAAUAUCGCCGGGCCAAUCUUACACACACCUUGUCUUGGGUAACAUUGAAGCAGCUUGCAAUGGCAGAUUCUCCCGUGGGUCUCGUCUCGAACUUCUCCAACAAUGUGCAGAAUUGAGCACUACGAAGACCAGUGCUAUCCCCCGUACGGCUCUACUAUCGGAGGUGGUUUGGAAUGCCACUGCCCAGGCGGCCGCAAAUGCUUUGCAGUCGUUCCCCAUGGAAUCCGCUCGUGGGCGCGAUGGCUCCGUAUCCCGUGACUACGAAAAUGUCAUCAAGAUUCUCUCGUUCGGCCUUUCGUUUCCGUCGGCCUCUCAAGAGUGGUCUCAUUUGCUUGAAACUUUUGUUCGCGUGGUUCGAACAGAAAAAGGGAACCAAGCAGUUGCCACGAUGAUUGUGGAACCCAUGGCUGAACGCCUCAUGCAUCUUUCCGCUGGAGAUACCUACCUACCCUCAACUUCACUGCUUGGCCAUUCCUUGUCUAUCCCUUUCAUGCAAGGAACCGGGCUAGGGAUUGAUCGCAGCGGCAUCCAGGCAGCUGGUCAUGCUAUCUUUCCUCAUAAACUUCUCGAGUCAAUUUCCCAAACAUUACACGGUGCAUACGACAAUUUCAGCGCAUCAAAAUCCAACGGUCUUGCCGACUUCAUCGAGGCAUUGACUUCUUUCCUGGGGACCGGUGUACCGCAGUUCCAAUGCCAAAUUCUUCAAUCUCUCCAGUCAUCACUUAGUGUUUGGCUGAAGGACGAAUCUUACAAAAUCCACGUUGAUCGGGGUGUUGACAGCAGAAUCCUGACAUCGUGUCGUGCGCUGUCGUCGGCUACUAUCAAUAUUCUGCAAACAUCAGUCUCCCAUGAUCUUGCUUCUUUGAAAAAUUUUGAGCCUAUUAUUUGCGCCGGUUUGGAGUCUCUGCACAUUUCAACAACCAGGAGAUACGUCGAACUUUGGGGCUUGACCUUUGGUCCACAGUCUUUUGUCACUCCAGCCACCAUUUUGGAAGCUGUACAAACUGCCGAGUCCAGGGUCCAGACCGCAACCUUGCCUCUGCAAAACGGUAGCCAAGAUACUGAGAUGCUACCUCCACCCCCUCCGCAAAACAAGAUAGAUCGCUCAUUGCAUCAGCCGUCUCAGGACACUCAGCUUUCGUCCCCUGUCAUACGGACCAACGACUCCUCCCUGGUCCUCAAGCCAACUGACCAGUUCCCUGAACCCCAGUUGCCAAGUAAUUUUGAGCAGCCUACGGAUGCGCAAAUUGUUGAUGGGAUUUCAGUUUCUCACAAGCGCAGAAGCCAUCGUGAAAUGUUUUCGAUGAUUGAAUCCCUUCAAUCAUCGUCACCAGCCAGUACUCCACGGAAAUUGGGCUUCGAUACUCCGCCCAAUCUGCACAAACUACAUGGGCGGUCACUGACCGAACUUCCUUUAACGCCCACUCUCGCCCCUACUGAGAAUGAGGAAGGAUUCAUCGGCUCGUCUCCGACACCUGGGACCAGAGACCCGACACCUGCCAUGACUUCCGACGCACUGAGGUCGAGCCAGCUGCCUGCAGAUUCGGGUAUAGACCCUCCAUCAUCUCCUCCCCAGAUGCAAUCUCGGAGCCCAAGCCCUCGGAAGGGUCGCUCGAAAAGGGCACGGCGCAGGGCUGCAAAAGCAAGAAAGGCUCUUGUUGGUACCUCCGGAAAACAGUCAACAGUCAACAGCCCAGCUACUUCUCAUCUCGCGACGGAGAGCAUAGACACACCUAUGGGCGAUGUCCAUGACUAUGAUAAUAAAAACACCAACGCUACACCUCGAGCAAGCGAAAUAACUCCCAGCCGGCGACUUCGAUCUGCGCUAGGGAAAGACUCGGAUACAGCAGAGCCUUCUCCGGAGCUACUAGUUGACUCUGAUAAGACACCUGUCCAACAAUCUGAUCCCAGGAGUAACCCAAGCUCGAGCUCCAAGAAGAAACGGAAGCAAAGUCAGUCUAAGCUUGCGGACGAUCAACCCCAGCAAGCCAUGGCCGUGCCUCCCGAUAGCCUUCCGGAUACUUUCAUGGACUCGAGCGAGGAGACAGACACACAAAUCGCAUCACAACUUGGACAGGACUUGGAACUAGCAGUGGAUAUGGACGAUAGGGCUCAAACGGAGCGAGCAAAUCUUCCCAAUGAGCCAUCCACCAGGAAGAGAAAGCGGGAACAGGAGGAACCUACUUCAUCUGCGAGAACCGACAGGCGCCGGUCGACGCGGCUGUCCACCGUUAAAGAUGUUGUCAACAUCGAGUCAUUGCAGUCUGAUGCUUCACCUUCGCACUCUGCCAUUUCUCGGUCCGCCUCUACAUCCAAAUCAUUGUCGCCAACUGCGACUCGCCGAUCCACCCGUAGUUCACAACGAAAAGAGGAUAGUAACGCCCUUGCGGACUCAAUCCCUCCAACACAAGACUCGGUGGCACAAGAACCAACACAAGAUUCUGAGACCCCUCGGCCACCCAAAAGGUCUCGCAAAUCCAUUCGUCUUGAGGACAAGUCUGUUGUCGAUAACACUGCCCAGAGUGUCCCUCGAGAUACCCGCUCCCGCAAAACACGGUCUCAGCAACAUGCAUUUGAGGCGUCUCAACCUCAACUUUCAAGCAUCCCAUCUGAGGAACACGGCGAUACUGACCAUUUACCACCUCAUGUCGACCUUGACAUGGUCCCCGAGGGCCUCAUUACAGAAGACCAAGCGGAGCAGAACAUCUCUCUUGUUUCUACCGAAGAGGCAACUGCCACUCAAGUCUCUGAACCGGAGCAGUCUAUUGAGCCUCCGGUGAAAUCAGACAUCGAGAUUGACAUCGAUACGGAUGCAGUACAACAAUCCGGUGAAAUGGUCGAGCAAACUACAAGUGUCACCACGGGCACCCAAACCCAAGAAACUCCCCCCGAACCCAAAUCUGAGAUCAGCGAACGAGCCAUCGCCCAAUCCCUGAAAACCCUUUUUGGUGAAAUGAAAACGACGACCUUGUCCCUGAACGCCUUCCGCGAGGUCGAUGAUCUUCUCUUCAAUCUCCGUUGCGAAGCACAAAAUGCAUCAACGCGACACAAUACUUCAGCAUAG